UCUCAUCUCGCACUUAAGGUAUGUCUCAUUUCUUGACGUACAUGACGAGCCUAGAAACUAGACAGGAUCGACGUUACCCUUGAUUUACUGUUAUUCAAGUUCCAUUUCAGGCCCGUGGCUGGAGAGAACAUCUCUAUAGCCACUAACGUGACCCAGGCCAAAACCGCUGCUCGACUCAUCCAAGCGCAAAGGGAUCUCUAUCAAGAGAUUCAGAUAUGCCAUCUGAUACUCCAUCUUCAUAUCGCAAGACCCAGCGCGCCCCACGAAGUUGUCGAUCCUGCGCUGCUCGCAAGGUCAAGUGCGAUAAAAGAUUACCAUGCUCAACUUGCAUUCGCCAGGGCACGCCUGAAUCAUGCUCACGAGAACUUGUGAUGGUGCGGGGUGAAGUUACAAGAGGGAAAGAUCUAGUCAAGUUACCAACAUACGAUGAGCUGGUUCAGGAGAAUCAGCGACUAAGAACAGCUCUUGAAGCCUCUCACGUUCGCCCCACUUCUGAUUUAUCGCUUCGAAGGCCGAGGACUGCGCAAAAGUUGUUGGAGUGCCAUGACCCGCUAGAGGAGAUGGUAUUCAAGUCUCCAUCAUUUUCACAGGUGUCUCGACAUCACCGAGGAUGGAGUACGGUUGACGUACCCUGCCGAAAGUCUAGCGAGCUGCUAAUCGCUUAUGACAAGAAGUGGAAUUCCUGGGUCCACUAUGCCCUCGAAUAUCCCGAGUUCGAUGGGGAACACACUCAGUUUAUGGAUAAUUUAGAAAAGGGCACUGUCUUGUCUGAUUGUGAUCCUGGUUGGCUAUCAGUGUAUUUCAGUGUCAUCACGGCUGCUCUAUUGAUGAUGGAUAAUAAGGAGGCUCGCGAGAUACUUCCUGCAGGAGACCUUGAAAGUAUGCUACAACGGUGGUAUAAGACUGCCUUGUUCUGUCUCGAAGAAGCAGACUAUAUGAGAAGUAGCACAAUUCGCCCUGUUCAGGCGAUUGCAGUACUUGGCAUGUGCUUCCACAAUUUCGGAGAUUCUGUUCUAUACCGUCAUCUCUGGAGCUGCGCAAUACGAAUCGCACGGAAUCUCGGGCUGGACGGCAACUAAGUUCCACAUCCUCCUACGGAGCUGGGCCUCGAAGCUCAAAGGCGUCUAUAGUAGACCUUGAUUAUUUAUAAAUGGUAGUGUUAAGAGUCCAGCCCACGUAAGUCUACGUUAGGGGGAUUUUAGUAUAUAGAAUCUAAGCUAAAGAGUAGAGGUUUUUAAAGCGGAG